AGCUCUAAUAAUGAAUUAUUUAAGGCCGCAGCUCUCUCUGUGUUUCAUUUUGGGGCGCCACCAGCGCAGGCCCAGCGCGGGAGGUGACACCGCUGUCACCAAGGUCCCCCCGGCAGCGCCACCGCUCCAAGGUUCCACCCUCCGAGCUGCCCCUCUGUGACAUCAGCCCGGGCCGGUGGCACCGCCAGGGCCACCAGAGGUGACAGCUCCACUCCGCCUCUGCCACCUGCGCUGGCACCGAUGGCUCUGCUGGCCCUGCUCGUCCUGCUGGCCCUGGCCGGGCCCGUGGGGGGCACGUGGGACACCUGCAGAGGGACCUGCGGGCUCCGGCCCAUGGCCUUUGACCACAGCUCCGAGCUUCCAGAAUAUUCCCUGGACAGCGAUUACAAACCUAUGGACGGAGCCUCGCAGGACGGGGGUGGCACCGGGGUGCACCCGGGGGCCUGGCCCGGCAUCGUCAGCGUCCAGGCCCGGCUGGAGAACGGCACGUGGCACAUGUGCUCCGGGGCCCUCAUCCACCCCCAGUGGGUGCUCACGGUGGCACACUGCUUCGUGGGGACUGGGCCUGGCACUGCACCCAGCCAGCCCAGCCAGCGCUCCCGGCAGCUCCAGCCCGAGCCAGCCCCGUCCUGCUCCAGGCUGGAGCCUCCAGAGCGGAGCCUUUCCAUGGGAAUCCAGCCGGGAAUGCGGCUCUGGAAGGGCUUGGGAUGGGAAGGGCCAGGCCCAGGGCUGGCAGCAGCCUCUGACUCCUCUCUCCUGGCGCAGGGGGACAGCGGGGGUCCCCUGGUCUGCAAGGACAACGUUGGUGACUACUUCUGGCUGGUGGGACUGGCCAGCUGGGGCCGAGGCUGCGCCGGGGCCAAGCGACCCGGGGUGUUCACGUCCAGCCAGCACUUCCACACCUGGAUCCAGGUCCAGAUGGGAUUGCUCCCACCAGAAGCUGAUGUUCCUCCACCAGAGCCCCUCCCAACCCUGUCCCUGGAGCUGGAGCUGGAACCGGAGCCAGAGCCAGACUCGGAUUUUAGCAAUCCGGAGAAUCCCAACCCAGUGGUCACGGGGGAAUCUACGGACCUUUCAUACCAACAACAGAUCCUGGGGAAAUUCCUGAACCUGCUGCUGGAGCUCCUGCAGUUCCUGAAAGGAAAGAAAGCCUGAGCAGGGGGAUGAGCUGAUCCAGUUGUGGCGAGCGUUCCCAGCCGGGGCCGUGGCCGUGGGGCCAAGGUCAGCCCCGGUGCCCAGGGCUGCUGGGCCCUGCCCACGCUGACCCCUGCGCCCGCCCCGACCGUGAAUCCACUUUGGAUUGAAAUAGAGUUGUUCCUAUUCCCACUUCUGCACCUUGUCCAGUUCCUUGUCCUGGGGAAAACAGGG